AUGAAUUCCCUUCUUUGUGCUUUAUUCUUGGGAAGCGCGUCGUUCAGCGUUGCCCAUCCCAUUGUCGAGAAACGCACCGUUACGGCGCUGGACCAGGCUACCUUUGAGGAAGCCCAACAGCGAGACGAUACGGCCACGAGGGCGUUUUCGUCUAUUCCAAUCAAGACUUCAGAUGGACAAUGCCUCUUCGUCGACGAGUUGUCUGGAGAUUUUCGUGCCAAUUUGACCCCGAUACAAGUCGGUUCUUGCGACGGUAGCAUUGAGCAACAAUGGGAUAUCAUCACCACUGAGAAGCACAACGAUCAGCCAGGGGCCAUGCUGAUUGUCAGCACAUUGGCAACCUCACAGACGCAAGCUUGCUUCAAUUUCGAUCCUCGUCGCGCCGCUGGAAACCAGGUAAUUCUGUUUUCCUGCGGUGGACGUGCCGAUGGGAGUGGAACUGUGACGAACUCGCAGCUUUUCCCUUUCACUGGCAGUGCCGGCCCUCUUACCUUGACUCCCGAAAAUGCACCUGGAGACUGUCUGACCGUCAAUGGAGCCCUGAUCGACAUAGCUGCCUGCAAUGCGGCUGAUGCUAAUCAGUCCUUCACAUUCGGCGAUCCGAGUACUGUCGUUACCACUGAUGUGGGUGCUGCAUCUCCUACCGUUGUGACUCAGUCGGUGCCAGCUUCGACCGUAUCCGCCUUAACCACCUCUGUGAUUACCAGUUCAACCUCGGUGACGCCAUUCCCAACCACAUCGCCACCUCCUGUCGUUGUGAGCACGGUAGCAACCGCGUCUGCCUCCGCUUCGAUACUCUCCGUUUCUCGUGCUGGCAGUGUCCUCAAUCCCUCUGCUGCAGCAGAAGCAAACCCUCGUGACAACACCGCUACGCGCGCCUUUUCAUCCGUCUCGCUCAAGUCUACCUCUGGUCUUUGUCUCUUCAUCGACCCAACGGCUGGCGACUUCCGCGAGAACCUGAUACCGAUCACGCUUCAGCCAUGCGACGGGGGCGCAAACCAGAGCUUUGACAUCAUCACUGCGGGCAUUCACAAUGACCAGCCGAAUUCCGCUCUGAUAGUUAGCACCCUGACACAGGGAUGUCUGAAUUUCGAUCCUAGGAGGGCCGCUGGAGAUACGGUGAUCAUGUUCAGUUGCGGGGGAAGAGCCGAUGGUAGUGGCCAAGUCACCAACAGUCAGCUUUUCUCCUUUACCGUAGGGGAGACCAGCUUGAGACUCCAGCCGGAGAAUGGUGCUGGAGCGGUGUGCUUGGUAGCAGAUGCAGCGGGCAGGCUGGAUCAGGCGGCUUGCAGUGACGAUCCAAGCCAGUUGUUCACUAUCGCCUGA